UCUCUCUCUCUCAUGGAUCUUCUCACCUUGACAUGUUUUUCACUUGUCCCUUGUUUCGUCUUCCUCCUGUUGAAACCGAUUCUUGAGAGGAGAAACCGCGCAUGCUUUGUGCUUCACUAUGAGUGCUACAAGGGGAAAGACGAGAGAAAGCUCGACAGCGGAACAUGUGCACAGAUCGUUCAGAGGAACGAGAAACUGGGUCUUGAAGAAUACAGGUUUCUCCUCAAGACGAUGAUUAGUUCAGGCAUCGGGGAGGAAACUUACGGCCCAAGAAACAUCCUCGAAGGUAGAGAGGAUAACCCUAAUCUUCUCGAUGCGUAUACGGAGAUGGACGAGAUCAUGUUCGACACGUUAGACAAUCUCUUUGCCGAGACGGGCAUUUCGCCUCGCGAAAUCGGUAUACUCGUCGUGAACGUAUCCCUCUUUCCGCCGGCUCCUUCCCUCGUUUCACGGCUGGUGAACAGGUACAAGAUGAGGGAAGACAUCAAAUCGUACAAUCUCUCGGGAAUGGGUUGUGGUGCGAGCGUUAUAUCGAUAGAUCUCGUCCAAAGAUUGUUCAAGAUCUACAAAAACACAUUGGCAUUAGUUGUAAGCACCGAAUCAUUGAGUCCACACUGGUAUAGUGGCAAAGACAGAUCGAUGAUGCUCUCGAACUGUCUGUUCCGGACAGGAGGGAGUUCAGUUCUGUUAACAAACAACGUUAAACUGAAGAACAAAGCGAUCAUGAAGCUAAAAACCGUGGUUCGUGCUCACGUUGGGUACGACGAAGAAGCUUAUGCAUGCAGCAUGCAAAUGGAGGACAGUGAAGGGCACAAAGGCUUUCUAAGAACAAAACACUUGGAAAAGGCUGCAGCCAGGGCCAUGGCUAAGAACUUUCAGGUCCUGAUUCCGAGAGUAUUGCCCGUCAAGGAACUGUUUCGCUACUCGAUAACUAGCUCGUUCAAAAGGAGAGGAGCGAAUGGCGAAUCCUCGAGCAGGAUAGGACUAAACCUAAAAUCCGGAAUACAACAUUUCUGCAUACCUCCGGGAAGAAGGGCAAACAUCGAAUCCAUCGGAAAACGCUUAGGACUUGACGAACACGAUACCGAGCCAGCGAGAAUGGCGCUCCACAGAUUCGGAAACACGUCCUCGAGUGGAAUUUGGUAUGUUUUAGGGUAUAUGGAGGCUAAGAAGAGGCUAAGGAAAGGAGAGAAUGCAUUGAUGAUAAGCAUGGGUGCGGGGUUUGAGUCCAGCAAUUGUGUUUGGCAGAUCAUGAAGGAUAUGAACUGCGAGAACAUUUGGAAAGAUUCGAUCGGACAUUAUCCAGAGUUGUCGGAAACUCCAAAUCCAUUCGAGGGGAAGUACGAUUGGAUCAACGAUGAUGCCGUGAGCUUUUAA